GAUCCCCAACCUUGUUUCGCAACCCAAUGAGGUGCCGAUCGUAGCAGAGACUGGCACCGGCAGCGAUGUUGAAGUCGCCAAUUCUCAGGAGAUGAAUGAGAAGGAUAGGCCGCGGACUCAGGUGACCAGCAAGCUCGAAGAGGAUGACGUUUCUCCAGAGGUGCAACAUGGAGUUCAGAUCGCCCAAGCCAUCAACCAAGUUUGGUCUCGGGAGCAUCUGAUUGCUGCAUAUAUCAUAAUCUGGGUCAUCAACUUCAUCCAGGGCUUCGGCAGCGGCAUCACAGCAACUACGAGCAUUAUCUCAAGUCUGAUCAGUGGCCUAUGGAAGCUCCCUUAUGCUAAGAUUCUCGAUGUCUGGGGUCGGCCUCAGGGCUUUGCACUCAUGGUUGCAUCGACUGUACUCGGAUUUGUUAUGAUGGCUGGCUGCAACAACGUCACAACCUACUGUGCUGCUCAGAUCUUCUACCAGCUCGGCUACAGCGCUAUCGACUUUACCAUCACUAUCUUUGUUGCUGAUACCUCGUCGCUCCGCAACAGAGCUUGGUGGAUCGCAUACACCGCAUCUCCUUGGCUCAUAGUGACUUGGUGCUAUGGACCGGCGACCAACUCUGUGCNNUUGGAAACCAUCGGCUUCAGAUGGGGUUUUGGUAUCUGGGCCAUUGUCUACCCUAUUGUCUGCGCUCCUCUGUUCUGGCUCAUGUGGCACAACAUGAAGAAAGCUGAAAAGCAAGGUCUCAUCCCUAAGUACGAAAGCGGACGCACCUGGAAAGAGUCCGUCUACUACUACGCAGUCCAAUUCGACGUUGUUGGCAUACUCCUCAUCGCCACUGGACUCUCACUGUUCUUGCUGUCUUUCAGCUUGUACUCGUAUCAAGCAGAACAGUGGAAGUCCCCCAUGAUCAUCUGCUUCCUGGUCUUUGGUAUCAUCCUCAUGUUUACCUUCUCCUUUUGGGAGGCCAAGGUCGCUCCGGUGACUUUCAUUCCCUGGCAUUUAAUGAAGGACAGAACUGUCAUUUUCACCUUUGCUAUGGUGGCUGCCAUCUACUCUGGAUACAAUGUCUGGUACGACUACUUCUACAGCAUGCUCAUUGUCGUCUUUAACACGAAUGUCCGCGAUGCUACAUAUAUCCUCAACAUUUACACCAUUGGAGCAACUUUCUGGUGCCUGGUUGUUGGCGUUGUCAUCCGCUACAACGGACGCCUCAAGUGGACCGCUCUGUACUUUGGAGUCCCGGUCAAUCUCAUGGGUGUGGGUCUCUUGGUCUACUUCCGUCAUCCAGACACCAAUAUUGGCUUUAUAGUUAUGUGUCAAAUCUUCAUUGCAUUUGGCGGCGGUACCCUCGUCAUCUGCGAACAAAUGACCGUCAUGGCCGUCAGCACCCAACAAAACAUCCCCGCCAUCCUCGCCUUCGAAUUCAUGAUUGCCAAUAUUGGCUCCUCCAUCGGUUCCGCCAUCGCCGCAGCAAUGUGGACAGGUCUAUUCCCCACCAACCUCGCUAAAUAUCUGCCUGCCUCUGCCCUUCCCGAUUUGCAGAGUAUUUAUGGGGAUUUGACUGUGCAGAGUUCGUAUGCUGUUGGUAGUGCUGAGAGAGAUGGGAUUAACAAGGCGUAUGGGGAGACGCAGAAGUUGAUGUGUGUGGCGAGUACCUGUUUGUAUGCGACGAUUAUUGUGUGGGUUAGUUUGUGGAGGGAGAUUAAUGUUAAGGGGAUGAAGCAGACUAAGGGGCUGACUAUG